UUCCUCUACCUCCUCUUCUCCAUCUCCUCACCCUCUCCUCCCCGUCUCCGGCGACAUUUCAGGCCACGACCCAAGAACCUUCGCCCCCCUCUCCACGGGGGAAGAGCCGCGGCCUCCGGGGAAGCUUCCUUCUCCACUCCGAGGUCUGCGGCGUCGGCUUGGCCUCGAUUGAAGAUCUCGAUUUUGUUUUCUUCCCAACCGAACAAAGGAAGGAUUGCUCGCCGUCGCAAAUCUUGAUCUGUGGGUUGGUGGCCCGUGAGUAAUCCGUGCGGCUCCCGUAGGAGGAGGAAGGAGCAGCAGCAGCAAGAAGGUGGAAGAAGAAGAGCCGGCAGUAAAGAAUAGGAAGGACCAAGGAGAAGGAGAGGAGGGAGCUCUCCAUGGGAGGUGAGCCCCUCCUCACCACUCUCUCCAUGGAGAACGGCAGCAGCAGCGGACACCCCUCCACCCUCCUCUCCAUGGACCCCGCUGGCUCAUCACACCUGGCCUCCGCCGAGUCCUCCGGCGCCGUCAAUGGGGCUGGCGACAGGGAGCUCUUCAUCAUUCCGCGGCACGAGUCUGCGCGGCAGGGACCGCCCGACAUCAACCUCCCACUGUCGGCAGACCCCUCCCCGGCGCCCGCCUUGUGGAGCCUUGACCCUUUCGACAUUCUCGAGGUCGGUCUCAGCACGCAGACUUACGAGUCUGAGGUCCCGCUCACGAUUCCAAAGCCGAGCGGCAAUGGCAACGGCAGCGCGGCGGUCGGGGUGGGCGCGAGGAAGUGCGCCAAGAGAGGGGACAGCAUCUGGGGGGCGUGGUUCUUCUUCAACCACUACUUCAGGCCCGCGCUCGUCGACAAGCCCAAGGGGAAGCUGACACGGGACGCGUCCGGGAGCAUCUCCGGCUUUGACAAGUCUGACCUCCGGCUCGACGUCUUCAUCGUGCAGCACGACAUGGAGAACCUGUACAUGUGGGUGUUCAAGGAGCGGCCCGACAGCGCCCUGGGGAAGAUGCAGCUGCGGAGCUUCAUGAACGGGCAUUCCAAGCACGGGGAGCCGUCGUUCCCAUUCAGCGUGGACAGGGGCUUCUCGAGGUCGCACCGCAUGCAGCGCAAGCACUACCGUGGCCUGUCCAACCCGCAGUGUCUUCAUGGGAUUGAGAUCGUGAGCUCGCCCAAUUUGUCAGCGGUCCCUGAGGCUGACAUGAAGAGGUGGGCUGAGCUUACAGGAAGGGAGCUCAAUUUCUCGAUACCGCCUGAAGCCAGUGAUUUCGAGUCGUGGAGGAACCUUCCGAGCACUGAUUUCGAGCUCGACAGGCCCCAGCCACAGGUGGCAUCGAAGAAUGUCGGGGCACAUAGCUCUCAUGUUCAUAAGAAGGCGCUGAAUGGUUCAGGUCUGAACCUUUCCACGCCGCCGUCAUCGGAUGACGGGAUGGACCUCUCACCCAAGUGCAACAAACGCCGCAAGGACUUCUUUGCUCACAAUGGCGUAGAAGAGGACUGCGCCGCAAUGGCGGCGAACAACUCUUGCUCCGACAGAGAGCAGGAGGUAGAAGUCCAGACCGGUGGCGAACCGUCCUGGAUGCAUGAGUUCACUGGUGUGGCAAAGCAUGCAAGUGGACCUGUUACUGCUGCCAAGACCAUAUAUGAGGAUGACGAAGGCUACUUAAUUAUGGUGAGCAUGCUUUUCUCCGACCAGCGCAGCCUGAAGGUCACCUGGAGGAACACGCUGACACACGGCGUCGUGAAGAUCUCCUGUGUGAGCACCGCCCGCACACCCUUCGUUCGGCGGCAUGACAGGACGUUCAGGCUGACCGACCCAGCCCCCGAGCACUGCCCUCCUGGCGAGUUCGUGCGGGAGAUACCCCUGGCCACGAGGAUCCCUGAGGACGCGAGGCUCGAGGCGUACUACGACGAGACUGGCACCGGGCUGGAAAUCAUGGUCCCCAAGCACCGGGUUGGGCCAGAGGAGCACGAGGUCCAGGUUUGCAUGAGGCCCCCACAUCUCGGCGACAACAAUGAUCUCGUUUUAUCAUAGAACAGGAAAAAGAAAAUACCAUCUAGCAUUUUAGAUCAUCUGUCCGGUGUCAUGCAAUGCCAUGAGACGCCGAACAACAUAACAAAGCUAUCUGCAGCAUGAACUAGUCGAACUUUUCUGUCUCCCCUAGGUAAAAAAAUCUCAUCUGUACUUUUUGCACAGGUACUGCAUCACUAUGUUGGUGGUGAUCCCCUUGACUAUUCAUCCUUCAUAUGAAAGCAUGGCAAGUUAAUAGUA